AUGACAUCCCCCCUCCCACCCCACCACCGCGCCCUCGUCCUCUCAACCCGCUCCUCGGGCUUCUCCCUCCACACCGUCCCCAUCCCCCUCCCAACCCCCGGCAGCGCCGUCCUCCGCAUCCUCCAAGCCGGCAUAAUCUCCUACCACCGCGAGGUCUACGACGGCACGCGCCCCUACAGCUUCCCCACACCGCUCGUCGGCGGCUCCUCCGCCAUCGGCCGCGUCGCUGCGCUGGGCCCGGACGCGGUUUCCCUCACAGUCGGCCAGCUCGUCUUCGUCGACUGUGUCGUGCGCGGCCGCGACGACCCCAGAGAGCUCUUCCUCACCGCCAUCUCCGAGGGCGCGCGUGCGGGCAGCAAGAAGCUGUUUCGCGACGUGUGGCGCGAUGGCGUGUGGGCCGAGUACGCGCGCAUGCCGCUGGAGAACUGCGUGCCGCUGGAUGAGGAGAGGUUGUGUGCGGGGUUGGGGUACGAAAUCAAGGAUUUGAUGUAUAUGUGCCAUUUGCUCGUGCCGUACGGCGGGCUGAGGGAUAUCAGGGUCGAGCCGGGCGAGACGGUCGUGGUGGCGCCGGCGACGGGGGGGUAUGGGGGCGCGGGGGUGCAGGUUGCGGUGGCGUUGGGGGCGAGGGUGAUUGCGAUGGGGAGGGAUGAGGGGAAGUUGGCGGCGCUGAGGGAGCAUGUUAAGAUGGGGACGCCGGGGGCGAGUAUUGAGACGGUGAGGAUUUCGGGGGAUGAGAAGACGGAUACGGCGGCGUUACAGGCGUUCGGGACGAUCGAUGCGGUGUUGGAUUUUACGCCGCCUGCGGCGAGCAAGUCGACGCAUUUGAAGAGCGCGGUGGCGGCGCUGAGGCGUGGGGGAAGGGUUAGUAUGAUGGGGUUUGUUGAUGUGCCUGCUUCGAGUUGGAAGCUCGUGGGGGAUAAUAUUACGCUGAAGGGGAAGUUGAUGUAUGAGAGGGAGGAUAUGUUCCAGUUUGUGAAGAUGCUGGAGAGAGGGCUGUUUCCGAAAGGGGAAGAGUUUGUGGAUGCGAAGACGUUUCCGUUGGAGGACUGGAAAGAAGCUAUGGACUCAGCGGCGGAGUACACUGGCAUCGGUAAGCUGGUGUCUUUUGCACCAUGAUCUUGUUCAGACUGGAUGAAGCUGGGGAAAGGCAUGUCUUUCGAGCAUAGCCGUACUCCCCCUUAUAUAAACCAAUGUGAGAUAUCGGACGCUCCUUUACUCGAGACAAUUCUUGAGACAUUAUCUUGCCAAAGG